UAACCACUAUAAAGCGUGAGAAAAAGCUUCAAGAGUUGCAUAGAAGAAGUUGAAGCGAGAUGGAGUCUACGUCAUCUCCGGUAGUGAACACGUACCCCCUCAGUAACUAUACCUCCGGCAACAAGGAACGCAAGGUGGCGAAGGACACUUCCAUUGCUGAUCGUUUAGCUCGUAUGAAACUCAAUUAUAUGAAAGAAGGAAUGAGGACCAGCGUGGAAGGCAUCUUAAUGGUAUAUGAAGACAAUCAUCCUCAUGUACUUGUUCUGCAAAUUGGAGGCACAUUCCGCAGACUUCCAGGUGGGCGUCUCAAGCCAGGAGAGAAUGAAAUUGAAGGCUUGAAAAGAAAGUUGUCUAGCAAGCUUGCUGCUAAUUCUCCAGAUCUUGUGCCUGAUUGGCAGAUAGGUGAGUGUGUGGGAACCUGGUGGAGGCCAAACUUUGAAACCCCUAUGUAUCCAUACAUCCCUGCCCACAUACCAAAACCAAAGGAGUGCAAAAAACUUUUCAUUGUUCAUUUACCUGAGUGGGAGUACUUUGAAGUGCCCAAAAACAUGAAACUUGUUGCCAUUCCAUUGUUUGAACUCUAUGAUAAUUCUCAGAGAUAUGAUGCAGUUAUUUCCGCAAUCCCUCUGCAGCUUUCUAGAUUCCAAUUUAACUUGAUUCCUAAUUCUACGUAAAUUGGGAGCUUCCUUGCUGAUAAAGUACUGCUUCCUUUGGUAUUUCAA